AUGCAUAUCAUCAAGCCAAUCUGGCUCACGCAUGGAGGCGAAAAGAAAGACUUCGAGGUCUAUAGCUGCCACGUUUCCCCGGACGGCAAACGCCUGGUCACUGCAGCCGGUGACGGCUAUGUGCGAAUAUGGUCGACGGAAGCGAUCUACAACGCCGCAAAUGCGACAUAUGACAAGCCUAAGCAGUUGGCGUCGAUGAGCUACCACUCCGGCACGAUCCAUACGGUUCGAUUCUCACCUGGAGGGAAAUUUCUGGCUUCCGGGGCCGAUGACAAGAUUGUUUGCAUAUACACACUUGACCCGAGUCCUCCGAGUCAUGCUGCAUUUGGUUCGAACGAGGCACCUCCGGUCGAAAAUUGGCGCAUUUUCCGAAGACUGAUUGGUCAUGACAAUGAUGUUCAAGAUCUGGGCUGGUCAUACGAUGGCACCAUCCUGGUGUCGGUCGGCCUGGACUCGAAAGUCGUGGUAUGGUCUGGCUUUACCUUUGAGAAGUUGAAGACGCUGCCAAAUCACUCCAGUCAUGUCAAGGGCAUUACUUUCGAUCCUGCCAAUAAAUAUUUUGCUACAGCCAGUGAUGACCGGUCCAUUCGAAUAUUCAGAUUUACCUCUCCGACGCAAAAUUAUACCACCCACGACGCGGUGAACAAUUUUAUUCUAGAGCAGACAAUUGUUCAGCCUUUUGUCAACUCCCCCCUCACGACAUAUUUCCGAAGAUGCUCAUGGGCCCCAGACGGACAACAUAUUGCCGCUGCCAACGCUGUCAAUGGGCCCGUUAGCGCCGUUGCUAUCAUCAAUCGAGGUACAUGGGACGGCGACACCACCUUGAUCGGCCAUGAAGGCCCGGUGGAAGUUUGUGCAUUCUCCCCCAGACUCUAUGGACAAGAGCCACCGAGUCGACCAUUGUCUGAGGGUCAUGUCGGUGCUCAUACGACGGUAAUCGCCUGUGGAGGAGCGGACAAGUGCUUGAGUAUCUGGACGACGAAUAAUCCGCGACCCCUUGUCGUGCAACAAGAUGUCGCCAACAAACCCAUUUCUGACCUAGCGUGGAGUCCCGAUGGCCAGACUGUUUUCGCUACGGCUUUGGAUGGCACGAUCUUAACCAUCAUGUUUGAGCCCGGCGAAUUAGGCUAUGCUCGUCCGAUUGAAGAGAAUGACCGGUCGCUUACUAAGUUUGGCACUUCGAGAAAGGGACUUGGCUUUCCGGAGACGACAGAUGCCCUAUUGCUUGAGGAGAUGAGUAAAGCAGGCGAACUGAAGGGUGUGGAAGGGCGAAUGGGGGCCUUGAUGGGUGAUCUCCAUUCCUCUCAACCAGCUACGGCAAAUGCCACUUCGACGACAAAUGGUGCUACGACGACAGAAAACCUGGCAAAUGGGACGGAAACAACCAUAAAUGGUCAUGCAGCGGCGAAGGCACAAGACGAUCAAACGCAGGCCAAACUCGAUCGACUCAAGAACCGGGUCGAGAUCACGAAGGAUGGUAAAAAGAGGAUACGGCCAUUAUUGGUGUCUGGAACUGGCGGAGCUGAGUCUUCUUUGCCCCAGACGAAACUUGUUAGUGCAAGUACGAAUGUACAGACGCUUGAUGCACCACAGUCGAUUUUGGACCUGUCGAAGCCAUUUGAUGGUCUUCCCAAGGGAGGCUUAGCGGCUCUUCUACUCGGAAAUAAGAGGAAAUAUGCGCACAUAGAAGGCGAGGAAGAAGGCACCACCGAGAAACGAGUAGUGGCUGCGAGCCAAAAGGGAGCCACACCUAUUGUUGUGAAUGGCGCCGAUGGAUUACUCCCGGCUCAACCUCAGCCAACCCCGAGUGGGCAACAGGUCACUCCAGAUUUCAUUCGACCGGCCGUCGCCAACCAGGCCUUGAGUGUGAGUCAGCUUCGACUCGCGGUUCCCAAAGUUAGAGCACACAUUGUGCAAGGUAUCGAUCCAGCAGGGAAUCCAGGUGACGUUUCCAGUGACGCUGCGAGCAAAUCGAGAGUCGAAUUCGUCUUCGAGGCUCGAAAUCCGGCGGGCGCUUCUCUAACUCAAAGACCACAAGAUAGAGAGCCUUGUCGGAUUACUCUUACCCGAAAAGACCAGCCGCUCUGGCAGGAUUUCCUCCCGCGUGCGGUUCUCCUCGUCACUGGAAACCAAAACUUCUGGGCUGCCGCAGACGAGACUGGGUCGAUAUACCUCUGGACGCCUUACGGCCGACGGCUGAACAGUGCCCUGGUGAUGGAAGCCCAGCCCGUUAUUCUGGCGUCAUAUAAUUCCUGGCUGCUGUGUAUCACGGCCGUGGGUAUGUGUUAUGUCUGGAACGUCAAGACCCUGUCUUCACCUCACCCCCCCGUGUCACUUGCUCCGGUGCUUGACGCAGCAGUUCAUUCUCUUACUGCUCAUCCAACAGGGACCCCGGCUAUCACCCAAGCUCGAUUGAACUCUGAAGGGCGUAUCAUCAUCAGCUUAUCGAAUGGUGAUGGCUAUGCGUACUCACCCCAGAUGUACUGCUGGCAGCGUCUGUCCGAAGUUUGGUGGGCGGUCGGCAGUCAGUAUUGGAAUACGACUGAUUCUUCAGUGGGCAAUAUUCAGUCUUCAAAAGCCAAAAGCAAUUUUGACAAGACCGUAGAGGUUUCUUCUGGAAUUAUUCCUUGGCUUGAAAGAAACACGACGGCAGAAACACUUCUACGUGGUCGGGCGUACUUCUUGCAGAGAAUCAUCAAGGUUUUGUUGUCCCGAGAAGGCUUCGAGAGUUUUGAGUCUGGUGUUUCAAUAGCUCAUCUGGAAAACCGGAUCGCUGCGGCACUUAUGCUCGGUGCGAAGGACGAGUUUCGGAUAUACCUGCUCAUGUAUGCGAAACGCCUGGGAGCGGAAGGACUAAGAUUAAAAGUCGAGGAGCUUCUUCGUACAUUGAUCGGGGGCAUCGUCGAGCAAUCAGAUCAAGAAGGCGAAAGCACAGCGGCCACCAUGAACGUCGUAGAGGGCCGCAAUUGGCAAGAAGAUUCCAAGACAAUCUGCGGAUGGUCUCGAGAAGAACUGCUCAAGGACGUUGUCUUGCUACUUGGAAAACAUCGAGAUCUUCAACGCGUCAUUGUACCUUAUGCAAGAAUGCUCCAUAUUGUGGAGUCGAUGGAGGAUCAAGAUCAGAUGGCGUUGUAA